GUUGUUGCGGAAAAUCGCCCUUCGGUACAGUUCUUGAACGAAAAUCAUGUGAAAAUUGAGUUCAGUGUGCAAGAAAAAAAUGUCUCUGGAAAAAGCGAAAAGCAUAGAAGCCGGUCUGCAGACCGUGAUCGGCACAACUGAAGACUCCCCAAGCGAUAAACCGUUGUUCGCCCGGCUAAAAUUCAUCUUCUCAAAUAUGACCAUAGAGCCGGUGCUGGUGCUCUACAUUCUACCGAGCAUCAUGGUCACCAUUGCGGUACAAAAUUUAAACCUGGAAAAGGCGUGCAGGGUCAACCUCGGCAUUUCGACCGAACACUGCGACGCCAUCACCGUCAGAAACGAAUCCGCUUAUCCGGAUUAUAAGGCGGACGAAGAGAGGGUGCAAACCCUCGCAGCUUAUAUGACAAUACUUAAAAAUACAGUUCAAAGUAUAUUCCCGGCGAUAAUCCUCCUCUUCUUAGGGUCCUGGAGCGACCGUUUCCAAAAGCGCAAACUCUGCAUGCUGGUGCCCGUGUUAGGAGACAUGACCUCGGUGACCGGUUUGAUUAUUUGCACCUAUUUCUUCCAUCAGCUGCCCAUGGAGGUGAACUCCGUGUGCGAGUCGUUGUUCCCUGCCAUUUCCGGCACCUGGUUCGCCAUGUUUUGCGGCGUUUACAGCUACAUCAGCGACGUCAGCAGUGAGGAGGAGAGGACUGUGAGGAUCGGGGCCAUCAAUUUGUUGGCCAACGUGAGUAUGUGCAUCGGGACGGCGCUCAGCGGAGUCCUGUAUAAAAGCAUCGGGUUUUACGGGGUCUUUGGUACCGCCCUAGGGAUGUAUUCGGUGUCACUUGGUUAUGGUUACUUUUUCGUGAGGGAUACUUGUAAGAUGGCCAAGGAGGGUGGGAGCGUGGUUGUGAAGAGCGAAGGGUUUUUUAGGGAUUUCUUCCAAAUUGACCAUAUUAAGGAGACGUUCAAGACUGCCGUGAAGUCUGAUAGUAAAAAGCGGGGCAGGAAGACUCGCGUUUGCGCCAUCAUGUUUUUGUUCGCCGUCAUAGUUGGUCCACUUUAUGGGGAGUUAAAUGUGGUGUACUUCUUCGUCAGAUUUCGGUUUGGCUGGGACGCUAUCGAGUACAGUUUCUUCGCGACGUUCCAGUUCGUCACCAACACAUUAGGAACGAUGUUUUCGUUGGCGUUUUUUUCGAAAUUUCUCCAACUGGACGACUCCAUUUUGGGAAUAAUCUCUUGCUCGACCAAGAUAUUGGCUUCGGGUGUGUACGCGUUUGCUCCGGGGCCGGUUUAUUAUUACUUAGGUGCUGUAGUGGAAAUCUUGAAUGGGACGUCAUUUAUAGCGAUGCGCGCCAUGAUAACUAAGUUGGUGAGCGCAGAGGAGUUGGGCAAGAUUAAUUCUUUAUUUGGGAUGUUCGAGGCGGUGGUACCGCUGGUUUACGGACCGUUGUAUAGUAGAAUUUACGCCGCUACAAUUGACUAUUUUCCCGGUUGCUUUUAUCUGGUUGGUGGGGGGCUUACAUGCCCCGCCCUUUUUAUUUUUUACUGGCUGUACUUGCAACAUAAAGAGGAUCUGAGGCAAGCAAUUGUGGAAGAAGUACAAGAGGAAAAGUUGCUACAUAACCAACUCAACAACGUGAAUACUAUCGUAAAUGAGUUAAAUGAUAAACUGUGAUGGUUAUUGAAUAAAAAAAUUGUUUUUUU